AUGAGAAGUUUAGGCAAGGCUCCUGAAUAUGAAGCUCAAAUUCAGUCACAAAUGCAUCGAAUCGUCCAAGAAAUGGAAGAGAUUGACAAGCACGAGAACGCUGCACUUGCCCAACUUAAGCUGAAGAGUCGCUCAGAUCUCCACCAAAACCAAACAGGCGCUAACUGA